AUGUAUGCCCUAGCAAUCGUACAUAUUUCAGUCAACAUCAAACGAUGUCUGCAAGGCAUUAUUGAUUUGUAUUCGGGAAAGAUUAAUCCCUUGAACUUUUUAAAUUCCGAUGAGGGUGCUUUAAAUGCAAUUAGGCUUGUGGUGUACCUCCUGCAGAGUUUACUUGCAGACGGUUUAAUGAUUUACCGCCUUUAUGUCGUUUGCGGUGUUAACUUCCGAUUCUUGGGACCUGUCAUUAUAUUGUUUGUUGGGAAUAUUAUCUGUGGUGUUGGGACGAUGGCUGGAUAUAUUGAAAAAGGUUCCUUAUUUCAAUUUGGUACUAGUCCUCUAUUGUGGCUAGAGGUGUUCUUCCUCAUCACCUUGGCAAUAAACCUCUUUGGAAUAAUUUCGAUUACAGUACGAAUAUGGUUGACGAUGAGAAGAACAUCAGGAAUCUUACAAUCACCCAGCUUCUCGCCCUUGACUGUAACACUUCUCGACCCCGGAAUGGUUUAUUCUGUCUCUCUUCUAGCUCUAUUUGGACAAUAUGUAGCAAGCAGCCUCUCGUUCUUUGCUGCACUUGAUUAUGAGAUACAAAUCAUUGGAAUCAUGUUGUCUCUAAUUGUUGUCCGUGUCUCGUUCAGGAGUUUAUGGAACGGACAACUCAACAUUUCACCUCCACAAAUACAUGUACAUUGUAUCCAAGCCCAGUCAACCGCAAGAAGUUUCGGUCUGACAGUUGUAAUAAUUGCGGAAAGCCCCGGAAUUUUCGACUUCUUGUUAUGUCGCAAGCUCGACAGAAUAGUGCUGAAUGCAGAGGAUGAUAAAUUCGGUACAAGUACAACUAAAGAUUUACACGAAAAAGUCCUUGGGGUGAUGAAACGAAGUACAGAAGAAUGA